GCUUUACCCACAGUAGAGUGACUACAGUGUUCAAGUACCUUCUAGAUUUCAAGAUCUUUUAUCUGUUCUUACAGGCUACAGCUACCUUCUCUCAGGGCUAAGAAUAUUUUAUUCUGUUCUGUGACUUUGCGACAAAGCUUUCUUUUUUCCUCCAUGGCUUCAUCAUCAAUUUCUUCUCCUGAUAUUUGUAAACCCAAAUAUGAUGUCUUCCUUAGUUUUAGAGGGGAGGAUACCCGUGAUAAUUUUACUAGCCAUUUAUAUGCUGCUUUGUGUCAAAAACAGAUUCAAACCUUCAUUGAUGAUGGACUUCAGAGAGGAGAAGGAAUUUCCCCUGCACUGAUAACAGCAAUUGAAGAAUCAAGGAUUUCAGUAAUCAUUUUCUCAAAAGACUAUGCUUCUUCAAGAUGGUGCUUGAAUGAACUUGUAAAGAUUCUUGAAUGCAAAAAAAUGAAAGGCCAAACGGUUAUACCAAUUUUCUACCAAGUGGAUCCAUCAGAUGUACGAAAACAAAGUGGAAAUUUCAGGGAUGCCUUUGUUAAGCGCGAUCCAUCAGACGUACUGAAGUGGAAGACUGCUUUGACUGAAGCAGCCAAUCUAUCUGGAUGGAAUUCGAUGACAAUUAGGCCUGAAUCCAAACUUAUCGAUGGAAUUGUCAAGGAUAUUUUGAAAAAAUUAGAUGAUAUGUCAUCCUCAAGUAUUUCCGAGGGUUUAGUUGGAAUGGAUUCCCACAUCAAGCAAAUAAAAUCAUUGUUGUCAGAGUUUCAGAUUGUAGGAAUUUGGGGUAUGGGAGGCAUAGGUAAAACAACCAUUGCUGAAGCUACUUACAACCAAAUAUCAAGACAGUUUGAAGGUCAUUGCUUCAUCGCAAAUGUUAGUGAAGAAUUAGAAAGAAGUAACGGAUUAAUUCAUUUGCGACAAAGAAUUAUAUCUAGAAUACUAGGAGAUAAAGAUUUUAUCAUCGACUCUCCAAAUACUAUACCCCAAUUUAUUAAGCAUAGGCUUCAAUACAUAAACGUUUUCAUUGUUCUUGAUGAUGUCAAUACAUCAAAGCAUUUAGAAGUUUUAAGCAGAGGUCUUGAUGGAUUUGGUCCAAGAAGCCGAGUCAUUGUAACUACUAGAGACAGACAUUUGCUUCAUAAUUUUGGUGUUCAUACCAUAUAUGAGGUUGGGAGACUCAAAUACACUGAAGCCCUUAUACUCUUUUGUAAUUAUGCCUUCAAAAGAAACCAUCCUCCUAAAGACCUUGUGGAGCUCACAAACAAGAUAAUAGAUUACGCAAAAGGUAUCCCAUUAGCUCUUAAAGUGUUGGGUUCAUCCCUCUAUCAAAAGAGCAAACAAGACUGGGAAAGUGCAUUAUGUAACUUGAACAUGAUUGGUGACCCCCAAAUAUAUGAUGUUUUGAAAUCUAGUUAUCAUGGACUAAAUUGGAUAGAGAAGAAUAUAUUUCUUGAUAUCGCAUGUUUCUUUAAUGGAAGGAGUAGAAAUUAUGUAACAGUAUUAUUAGACAACUGUUAUAAUUGCUCUACGCAAUAUUGGCUGAGUGUCCUCAUUGAUAAGUCCUUGAUAACAAUAUCACACAAGAAUUUGUUAAAGAUGCAUGAUUUGUUGGAAGAAAUGGGUCGAAGAAUUGUUUUUGAAGAAUCAGAGACACAGCCAGGCAAUCGUAGCAGACUAUGGUGUGAUACUGACGUCUAUCACAUAUUGAAACAUAAUAAGGGAACUGACGCAGUUAAAGGCAUAUUCCUGAAUAUGUCAGAAAUAAGAGAUCUUCAAUUAAGCUCCAGAGCCUUUACUAAGAUGCCUAAUCUUCAAUUGCUUAAAUUGUAUAAUUCUCGGGCUAAUGAGCUUUACGAAAAGUUAGAAGAUAUUUCUAAAGUGCAUCUUCGGGGUUUAAAAUAUCUUCCUGAUGAAUUGAGGUAUUUGCGAUGGGAUGGAUAUCCUUUGAGAACAUUGCCAUCAAAAUUUAGUCUAGAGAACCUGGUCGAAUUGAGAUUGCCUUUUAGCAAAAUUGAGCAACUUUGGAAAGGGAAAAAGUGUCCAUCCAAAUUGAAAUGCAUUAGUCUUCGAAGCUCUGACUGCUUGAUUGAGCUCCCAGACCUCUCAGAUGCCAUGGAGCUUGAGGUUAUAAAUCUUAAUUAUUGUAGCAGUUUGGUUGAAGCUCACACAUCUAUCCAAUCUCUUUACAACCUACAUACACUAAAUUUGAGAUACUGUGAAAAUCUUAAAAGCUUCGGAAGCAACAUUCAUUUUAGGGGUCCUAUAAUUAUUGACUUCUCUUAUUGCACUAAUCUCAACAAGUUUCCACAGAUUUACGGAAAUAUAAUUGUAUUACACUUGUGUGGGACCGCAAUAGAAGAAGUUCCCCCAUCAAUCGAGUGUCUGUCUCAGUUGAUUAUAUUAGAUAUGGAUAAUUGUAGAAGGCUGAAGCGUCUUCCAACUAGUAUUUGUAAAUUAAAAUCUCUUACCCAGUUGAUUCUUUCCGACUGCUCAAAACUUGAGAGUUUCCCAGAAAUCUUGGAGGAAAUGGAUGAUUUACAUCUCCUUGUUUUAAAUGGAGCAGCAACAAUUAAAGAGCUUCCAUCUUCUAUUGAAUAUUUGAAAGGGCUUCACACUUUGAAGUUGAAGGAUUGCAUAAAUCUUGAGACAAUUCCAAGAAGUAUGUGUAGUUUGACCUCUAUAAGGUAUUUUGAUAUUUCUGGUUGCUCAAAGCUUGAAGCUCUUCUAGAAAACUUGGAAAAUUUAACACAUUUGACAAGUCUCUAUGCAUGUAGAACCUCCUUGAGUAAAUUACCAUCUUCUAUUGCAUGUUGGAAUAACAUUUAUGAAUUGUAUCUAGCUUUCUGCAAUCUAACUGAAAUACCUGAGGAUCUUUGUUGUGUAUCCUUGCUGUCGAAUUUAGAUCUAAGGGGAAACAAUUUUGAGAGUCUACCUGCAAGUAUGAAGCAAUUUUCUGGACUGAAACAACUUUUCUUAAGCAAUUGCAAUAUGCUUCAUUCGUUACCGGAGCUUCCAUGGUCUCUAAGAUACUUAGAAGCAAUAAAUUGCAAGCAGCUCCAAUCAUUACCAGAGAUUCCAUCAAGUCCAGAAAAAAUAGAUGCAUCAGAAGUGGAAAAAUUAAUGGUCAGAAUUUACUUCAUAUUCACAAACUGUCACAGUCUGGAUGAGAAAGCAAUGAACGUUUUGGCAAGUGCACCACUAAGAUUUCAACGUAUGGCAAAUGCACAAGAAGAUAAACCAACACGGUUUUUCAACUUUUGUUUGCCUGGAAGUGACCUUCCUAACUGGGUCCACUAUCAAAGUUAGGGAUCUUCGUUAACUUUUGAUCUACCUCAAAAUUGGUGUUUUACAAGCUUUAUCGGGUUUGCUAUAUGGGCCGUUAUUGCAUUUGAUGAGAGUUUUGAGACUCAAGAUCUUUAUAUCAGCUGCGAUUGUCAUUUUGAAACCAAUGAUGGUGAAAGGGUAGACUUCUCUUGCAACUUUAAUGUCAUUGUAGGCUAUUUCCAGGAUGACCCAGAUCAUAUGGUGUCAAUUAACUCAGAUCAUGUGGUCUUUGGUAGCUAUUUUGAUGCUGAAAUGGCUAGGCUACUCAAGGGUGACCAUACUGCUGUGACAUUUGAGUUAGGAUCAAAUUAUGAUUGAACUUCCAAAUAUAGGAAGGUGAAAUAUUGUGGGGUCUGUCCACUUUAUGCACAAGCCAUCAACCAGGCUAAAUCCAAGCCCAGCACUUUUGAGAAUUUUGUAAGCCAAGGUUUUGGGGUAACAGGAGAUCAUGUGGACACACAUGAAAGCCAAAGUGAGACAGAGAUGGCAGUUCAAUCUGAUGGGGAGGAAGUGGAACCGAAUCCUAAGAGAAUUUGCACAAACCAAAUCAAUACUUCUUAACAACAUUUCUAUUAUCAGUAACGGAGGUGGUUUAAGCUUUUCUCUUCAUGGACUUCAAUUUUGUUUGCGGACUUUGAGGCGUUUGAACACAGAUGAUCAAGAAACCAACAAGGUUUUCAUCAUGUUUUGAAUAGCAGAGGUGGCUUAUUGAUCUGUAAGUUUUGGACUUGGACGUUUGUUUCUUUCGCGGACUUUGUUUAAUUUUUGGCUGCUGGAGCUGCUAAUUUCAUGUGCAAAUUCUUUCAAGGCGCUCAAUGUAAUGUCAGGUAAGUUAUUAGCAUUAUUGUGGCAAAUUGGUUAUAUAAAUGAAUUACUAGUUCGAGGUUUUGUUUUUUAAUUUAUGAUUUUAUUACUAAUUCCUCUUUUUAAUUUAUGU